AUGCAGGUAAAUGUUAUGAUUUCCGCCCUCAAAAAAAAAGAAAGGAUUGACACGACCGACUCGACAGACACGAUAGACACGGCUGACACGAAAUAUACGACCGACACGACCGACAUAGCAAACACGACAUAUACGACUGACACGACAGACGCGAUCGACACGACAGACGCGAUCGACACGACAGACGCGAUCGACACGACAGACGCGAUCGACACGACAGACGGAUCGACACGACAAACACGACCGACACAACCGACACGACUGACACAAUAUAUACGACCGGCACAACAUAUACGACCGACGCGACACGACCGAUACGACAAAUACGACCAACGCGACAAACACGACCGAUACGACAAAUACGACCGACACGACAAAUACGACCGACACGACAAAUACGACCGACACGACGAGUACGACCGACACGACAAAUACGACCGACACGACAAAUACGACCAACGCGACAUACACGACCGACACGACAAAUACGACCGACACGACAAAUGCGACCGACACGACAAAUACGACCGACACGACAAAUACGACCGACACGACGAGUACGACCGAAACGACAGAUACGACCGAUACGACCGACACGACAAAUACGACACCGAUACGACAAAUACGAACGACGCGACAAACAAGACCGAUACGACAAAUACGACCGACACGACAAAUAUGACGGAUACGACAAAUACGACAAAUACGACCGACACGACCGAUACGACCGACACGACAAAUACAACCGAUACGAAAAAUACGACUGACACGACCGAUACGACCGACACGACAUAUACGACUAACACGACAAAUAUGACCGACACGACAAAUACGACCGAUACGACAAAUACGACCGACACGACAAAUACGACCGACGCGACAUACACGACCGAUACGACCGACACCACAAAUACGACCGAUACGACCGACACGACAAAUACGACACCGAUACGACAAAUACGACGAAUACGACCGACACGACAAAUACGACACCGAUACGACAAAUACGAACGAUGCGACAAAUACGACCGACGCGACAAACACGACAAAUACGACCGACACGACAAAUACGACCGACGCGACAUACACGACCGAUACGACCGACACCACAAAUACGACCGAUACGACCGACACGACAAAUACGACACCGAUACGACAAAUACGACCGAUACGACCGACACGACAAAUACGACACCGAUACGACAAAUACGACCGACACGACAAAUACGACCGACGCGACAUACACGACCGAUACGACCGACACCACAAAUACGACCGAUACGACCGACACGACAAAUACGACACCGAUACGACAAAUACGACGAAUACGACCGACACGACAAAUACGACACCGAUACGACAAAUACGAACGAUGCGACAAAUACGACCGACGCGACAAACACGACAAAUACGACCGACACGACAAAUACGACCGACGCGACAUACACGACCGAUACGACCGACACCACAAAUACGACCGAUACGACCGACACGACAAAUACGACACCGAUACGACAAAUACGACCGAUACGACCGACACGACAAAUACGACACCGAUACGACAAAUACGAACGAUGCGACAAAUACGACCGAUACCACAAAUACGACACCGAUACGACAAAUACGAACGAUGCGACAAACACGACCGAUACGACAUACACGACCGAUACGACAAACACGACCGAUACGACAAAUACGACCGACACGACAAAUACGACCGAUACGACAAAUACGACUGA